CUGCUUGGCUUCGGCGAGGGUCGAAUCAAACGAGCAGCCACGAUGAGCAGCGAAGUCCCCGUGAUGUCGAUGACGCCGACCCAGUUCGAGAUGGGAGAGUGCACGAAGCUGCAGCGCGAGUCGCUCAAGUGCAUCGAAGAAAACUACCGCCAGCGUGACAAGUGCAACGAGUUCUUUGAGCGCUAUCGCGAAUGCAAGAAGGGUCGCCACGCAGCCAUCAUUGCGGCUCGGCGAGCGGGCAAGCUGGACUAG